ACAAAUGUAAACCAAACGUGAGACGGCGCGGACGAACAACGCUGGCUAAAGCGCAUGCGCAUCGACGGUCGGUUGAAAAUACAAACGAAAAGCGGGACAACAGGCACGCGAAGACGAAAAUAAUAACAAGAAAAAUAUUUAUUAUUGUGCUUUGCAGGCACUAGCGACAGACUGUGUGAAGCCGUACGCGAAAAGUAAGCAGCUACGAAAUGAAAGCAAAAGUGAAAUAUUAAAAAAUAAAAAUAAGAAAAUAAAAAAUACCAACUACUUACUUACUUACUUUAACAACAAAGUAAUCGCAUUGUCUGUGGAGAGGUUACGUGAACAACGCUGGGGCACAGCUUGCUUCCGGCACGCGGGCUUUUUUGGACAGGCUUACGUACACACAUACACAUGUACUAAUAAAUGCAUAUAUGGAAUAUGUGAAUGAAGAGAAAAGCGGAGGAGUAGUAAAGAAAUAAAAUUGUGGAAGUGAAAACAUUUUAAGAAAGUACUGUUGUAGUAAGCUGUUCCAGUGGGCUGCGGUGUAUUAUUAAAUUCAGUGAGAUUGUAAAGGGGAUAUGAAACACUAAAGAAAAGCAACACCGAACUCCAAGGCGCAGAAAAAUUGUACACACCAAAUCAACAUAAUCCACUAAGGACGCCAAGGCAGCCGGUGAAUGCAAUGAAUGCAAGGAAUGCUGUGACGUUGCAUAAUCAGGAAAAAUUAAAUUUGCGCCAAAAUCAGGUGGUAGAGAAGUAGCAAAUGCGGAGAGUGUAAGCAAAGCAAAGCAAAUACGCUACGAGCAGACCAAUAAAACUUGGCGCAAAUACUAAACUUGAGGGAAAAUCAACUAAAGUAUUUAUCGUCCCAGAUGAGCACGUGAGAAUUGCCAAGAAGUUGUGGUACACGCAUAGCAGCGUGAAAGGAAAAGGAGCGAAAGGGAAGUGGAAAGUAGUGCAAAUCGUUGCAACUUAAAUGCCAAUGCAAAUACGAGACUGUGUAUUUGAAAGCGUGAUCUCCAAGGACUAGCCGCGGAUGAAAAGAAAAGCUGCAAUUUUUCUACAUUCCGAAUUCCAAGAUAUGAUAUACUCAAAUAGCAACAACUCGUGGCAUGAGUGUUAGUGAACGCGACCACAUACACACAUUCUUCAUAAAAAAAGCAUAGCGAGGUGCCAAGUGGCAACGCGCUGCAGACCUGCAACCUGCAACUCCAACCCAUACCCUGAGCGUCGCUAGCAGCUUAUAAGUACAUUAGUUAAAGACUAUCAUCUCUUGUCUCAGCGCAAUUGCUGUUGGCUUAUGUUUAUGAAUUGCUGACGACGGCAACGUUGACAUUUGCUUCAAAACCAAGUAAAAUCCAAAACGAGAUCCUACAUAAAAGUGUUAGCAACAAAAGCGCCAGCAGACGGAGGACAAGUGCGAAUUGUUUUGGCGCGUGCAACGACACGCUUGAGGCGAAAAGAAAGCAGCACUUCAAGGUGUGCGUGCGGCGUGAGAGUUCAGGGAGUUGCCAGAGAAGUUGCUGCUGUCUGAUUGCCUGGAAUAAUUCAAAGUCAAGUGGUGACAAGUGUUGCAUGACAAUUUUUGCCGUCUGUGCAGCAUAUCAUAAGUAGCAGAAAGGUUUGCUAAAAUGUUGUUCUCACCGCCGAAAUGUAUGCAACAAAUUGCAACUCUAAUUAUAACGUUUGCUGUCUACGUGACGGGCAUACGUAAUACGGCUAGUACUGCUGGUGGUGGUGGCAGUGCGGUGCAGGUGAUGGGUAGCAGCAAUGUGGGAGCUAUCGCUGAUUAUGAAAGCUACUCAGCGCCCUACAACGAAGACUUUCGCCCUUCACAGCUGCUUUCCGAGGUAAAAGAAGAAACCUCAGCCACGACCAGCAACAACUUACAGCGCCAUCAGUCUACAGGUGACAAUGGCAAUUUUCGGCCAUCACAAAUUAUCUCGUUUACACCAUCAGAUGCACAGUCAACAUACAAAAAAUAUCCGCCCAGUUACCUUGAACCGAACUAUCAUACACAGCACAUUAGCAAAGGAGGACCAUAUGGUUCAGUCUCCUAUGGAAAAGAAGAAAAGCACUUCAGCUUUCCACAUAAAAAGGAGCAAGCAACAGCUGCCUCAGCCGUAGUUACUACAAACACUGAUAUACAAAAGUACCUCUACAGCAACGCACCGUCACCGUCGUCCACACAGCAGUCGUUAGUGCCCGUUCAAUUACACACAACACCCAUACUUAUCUAUCGAGACCCUUACACUAAUAAGAUCAAUACCAGUCAGCGCCAACACGACUAUCGUCCAGCACCCGAACCGAUAUACGAAGUGCAAUAUUCUGAGGCUGGCAGACCGCAAGAGUACACGGUGCAAUCCAUGUUGGUUGUGGGUGCCGAACAACGACCACCGGCAACGUACAAUCAGCAGAGACCACAGUAUGUGGUGGAAGGAGGCGAGCAUAAACGGCCUGGACAUGUGUUUGAUGAACAACUGGGUGCGUCUUACAAUCAACGACCUUCGUAUGGCACCAGAUAUGAAAUGGUUGACAGCACCGUGCCCACACCACCCACCAGCGACUAUAAUCGACGUGAUGGUGAUACACAAACGGAACGUCCGUUCCAGGGUAAAUUGGGUGUAUCGCCAAGUACGAUUACAAAGCUUUCUUACGAUUCGCAUGAUUACCCACCGCCCAGUUACUAUAAACAGCAAACAUCGAAUUUCCAAUCACCGAAACGACAAGAAGACAACACACCAAAUUACCAGCAAUCAGCAUAUGCAACGCCACCAGCACCAGCAGCGCCAACAGUAACAGCAACAACAACGAUGGCUGCAAUAACGUUCAACAGACCAGAGCUGACGUCUUCUAAUUAUGCAAACAAGUUUGGUAAUUAUUUGCAUGGCGCUGGAAGCGGCGGUAAGGCGGGCGAUCUUGGUGGUGGCUAUUACAAGCGUCCACCACCACAUUACAGCAACGAUAUUCUGUAUGUUACACCACGUCCGCCCGUACCGCCAUCAGCUCCUGUACGACCAGCACCGCCUUACUACCCGCAAGGCAAUGAACCGAUAAGACGUCCACCAAACUACAACAAUAAUUACUAUGAGUAUCAAUUGGGAGAAAUACCACCACCCUCAGUGCAGCAAUCAGGCGUAGGUAGCGGUCAGAGACCCCCACCCGGACAGUAUUACCCAACGUCACCAUUUUACCCAGAAACGCAGAACUACCCAGCUCCGCAGAGUUACCCAGCCUCACAGAAUUUCCCACCUUCGCAGCAUUACCCACCGCCACCAAAUUAUCGGCCACCCCCGCCUCAAUACCAGCCACAGCAGCCAACUGCUGGUGGUAUUAGUGGUGGCAUGAGCGGCUUAGCUACCUUAGCCUCCAUCUUCAGUGGCACACAACAGUAUGCGCCACAAUUCACUAACCUACUCUUGGGCGGCAAUGGCGGUGGUGGUGGUCUGCUGCACGCUUUAACUGGUACGCGCCCGUUGGGCAGUGGAGGUCGCCCACCGAACAUGCAACUCAUAAAAGCUUUAGAGAAUAUCGCACGGAAUGAUGACUUGGAAUGCGUGCCGAAGGUGCUGUGCAAUAUGAUUGCUAGUCAAACACAACGUGGACAAUUGCCUAACUUCAUCACGUCACCGGCGAUAACGAACUUCCUUGCCGGCUUUCCAGCACAAUCGCCAGCGCUCAUUUACGGACGUGCAGCGUUGCUGGGCAUUAGCGGUGGAGAGCGCAGCUGUACGCAAACGUAUGCUAAGUGUCCGAAGAAUGAGUACGAGAUACUCUACUAUCUGAACAACCAUCGCGGUGGCUUCUUCAAGUUCUUCAGCGAGUCGGAGGAACAAAAGCCCAGCGUUUCGCAGCCAACGCAGCAAACUCACAGCUCGUCCAGCUCGUCUGGUGGCACUUCACUCUUCAGUUUGCUUUCUGCGCUAACCGGCGCCGAUCCGCCUGUAACCACCACAACACCACGGCCCACGCCACCACCCACACUCGCCAGCUUCGACAUUACGCAGGGCAUUGGCAAUUUCUUUAGCAAUAUACUCUCUGAAUAUAUUAGUGGCGUUGAGUAUCAGCGUAGGAGCAGUCGUGCUAAACGCGCGAUUAGUUUCGAGGAUGCACCGAAAAAUGAAAAGGCGCGCAUAAAAUUUCCACUCGAUACCGAUUCGGAAGACUUUCACGACUCUGAGGAUGAAGAGGAUAUGCACGGAGUGGUAGACUUUGAAGAUGAGCAGGCCACUAGCGAAUCGCUUGCAAGCGCCGAAUAUGGCGACUCACAAGGGCGAGUAGUAUUCAAAAGUGGCGAACAUAGUCAGCAUUUCUUUCCGGAAGGCGAUGGGCAGGUAGAGACAGAGCGUUUGAAAGACAUCUAUCUGGAAGAAGUUAUCAAUAAAUUUAAUGCAGACAGAUUGGAAAAGAAACUGAAAUUUCCCACUGGCGCAGAUGCCCAAGUAGAAGAGAGUGCGGCUUACAGCGAGUCACUGGAUACCCAAGGCGACAAAGUGGUGCGCUUUCGUGAUGAAAAUGAUAGUGACGUGACCAAUUUGCGUGAAACCGAGAAGCCAAGCAACACAAUACACUUUGAAGCCGAACACUAUAAAAAGCCAACACGCCGCGGUAAGACUGUGCUCCUCAAAGAGCCCAGUGAAAGUAGUGGCUAUGACCCCACACGCCAACCACGCGAAGAAUUCGAUGUGGAACAUACCGAACAAAGCGGUGAACGCGUGAUCUUCCCAGAUCACUACGACAAGCACAUACGCAAGGGUAAAAUUCUAAAUAGACCCAUUCUAUAUGCCUCGAACUAUGCCGAUUAUAUGCAAAAUGAGGAUGCAGAUCAUUUUGUGGUAUCCGACAGCCAUCGGCCGGUGCACAAUGACAUUGAUGCGACCGCAGAUGAUAGCGAUAAUUUUGAUGGUGACAAGCAGUUGGGCCCCAUCUACUAUAGUGAGUCCUCAACGCACCAACAACAACACACUACGCAUCAUAGUACGCGCCUGCAGGUAUACGGCGACAACCGAUUGCAUUACAAUCGUGGCGCUGACACAUACCCGAGCGAUAACGGCAAUCGUUAUACCCAAUCGAGCCCGUCUUCUUCAGCUAAUUACAACAAAAAUCGUUACUCCUCCAGCAGCUCAUCUGCAAAUUAUAAGAAGCGUCCCAGUUACGCUGCUACCUCAUCGGGUAAUCGCUACGAUUACCCAAAUAAGAGUUAUGUUAGUAAUAACCGUUAUGGCAGUCGUUACCAAACGACAACGCGCUCGCCUCGUGGCGGCGAGAAUGAUCACAAUAUUUAUGUGACCAAUGCACAGGGGGUGACAACGCACUAUAUUACGCCAGAUGGGCGCAAGGUGUAUUUAUAAGGGUCAAUGAAGGAGAAUUCAAUUUCUCCAUAUUUGCAUAGUCAGCAUAGGAGUUUAACCCAUAAGAGGCAUUAUUUUAUUUCUUAAGCAAAUUGAAGAGCAAGUUUUUAGACUUCGAAAGGGAAGUGUGUAAAUAAUUUGAUUAAC